UGACCCAGACAGCCAACAAUCAUCUGAGCGAUCGUUCGCGACACCGAUCACUCCAUACACACCGAUCACUCGGAUCACACCGAUCACUCCAUACACACUGAUCACACCGAUCACUCCAUACACACCGAUCACUCGGAUCACACCGAUCACUCCGAUCACUCCAUACACACUGAUCACACCGAUCACUCCAUACACACCGAUCACUCGGAUCACACUGAUCACUCGGAUCACACCAUACACACUGAUAACUCCGAUCACUCCGAUCACUCCGAUCACACCAUGUUCUCCACUGCCAUACAGAACACGAAGAAGAUCCACCGUCUGUCCAGACACUUCCACAAGUCCGCUAUAAAAGUGAUUGUCGGAAGUCAGGAUGAGGGGACAGUCACCAAUAGCUUCGCAUCGUUUAUCCACGGGAUCCGCCCCGCGCACCUCUCCGAUAUAGUGCGCCACAGAAGUAAGCGCAUGAUCCUGGACAGCAUUGGCGUUGGAUUAAUCGGAAGCACAACACACGUCUUCAAUAUCAUCCUGAAAUAUUGUCAGGAUCUGCAUUUUAGCACGUACGGAAAUACUUCUCAUUGCUCAGUUUAUGGGCAGAAAGGUUUGAAGAUCUCCCCCACCCUGGCCGCGUACGCUAAUGGAGUGGCUGUUCACUCCAUGGAUUUUGAUGACACGUGGCACCCCGCCACCCACCCGUCCGGGGCCGUCCUUCCAGCUCUAUUGGCACUGACACAGAUGCUUUCCCAAGAAAGGCGAGUCACUGGAGAGGAGCUUCUGAUGGCUUUCAAUGUUGGAAUUGAGAUUCAAGGAAGAUUGAUGGGAUUUUCAAAGGAAGCAAAUAACAUUCCUAAAAAAUUUCAUCCACCUUCCGUAGUUGGAACCAUGGGAAGUGCUGCCGCCUCUGCCAAGCUUCUUUCAUUAGAUAAGGAACAAUGCAUGCACGCCCUGGCAAUCGCUGCCUCUUUGGCUGGUGCCCCAAUGGCCAAUGCCGCUACUCUGGCCAAGCCUUUACACAUUGGCAAUGCUACAAGGUUAGGCAUGGAAGCUGCUAUUCUGGCUGCUAAAGGAAUGGAGGCCAAUUCCCUCAUACUGGAUGAUGUCCCAGGCUGCGCCGGUUUUAGUGCAUUUUAUGGUGACUACCAACCUAAGUCACUGGCAUUCCCUGGUAAACAGUAUGAGUUCCUUCUAGCAAAGCAAGACAUUGCCUUUAAGUCUUUCCCGGCACAUCUGGGGAUGCACUGGGUAGCCGAUGCUGCGGUCACAGUCAGAAAUAGAUAUAUGGAGCACUACGGUUCUUUUGACCCAUCUGCUAUCCAAUCUAUAGUCCUCAGAGUCCCGAUCUCCAAAUACAUCAAUAGGCCUUAUCCAGAGUCAGAGCACCAGGCCCGGCACUCCUUCCAGUUCAACGCUUGCACGGCUCUCCUGGAUGGCAAAGUCACCAUCGCUUCCUUCAAUGAUGAUCACAUGUUUCGAAAAGACCUUCAGCAUCUUCUGAGCAAGGUGGUGGUGGAGCAUCCUCAGGACAACGUGGCCAACUUUGAUAAGAUGUACGGUGAAGUGUCUUUGCUGCUGAAGAACGGGGAUGUGAUGGUCGGUAAAUGUGACACUUUCUACGGCCACUGGAGGAAGCCCCUGAGCAGAGAGUCCCUUCUGAAGAAAUUUGUGACCAAUGCCAGAACCGUUCUCGGGGAUGACCAGAUCCAAGGUGUCAUCCAGAUGGUGGACGACCUGGAGAGCGUCACAGACAGUUCACAACUACCUCUGCUGCUUCAAUAAUUCUGUGUGGUCAACGGGAAUCUCAGGAAAAGGACACUCAUUAAACAUUCAACUCUUUGUUUUAUGUGGAGUGGGGAAUGGCUGAACCUCCAUUGGGUUUUCAUUGGGAGGAAUUACUUUUCUUGUAGGCACAACAGAAAGUGAGAUAAAAUCCUUCCACAAUGAGGGGACUUCCCUCCUCGACAGUUCAUCAGAACAAUUGUCCUCAUUGGAAGAUUUCCCCUCUUCUGGCGACAAAUCUACAUUUUGGAUUUCCCAUCAUUUACAGUCACCAGGACAAGUGGAGAGGGAGAAUCUCCAUAGUGGGGCCCCAGACCUGACAGAGGAUUAACCCUUCCACACUCCACCUGAAACUUCCAAAAAAUUGGUUCUACAAUUUAGGAGCAAAAUAUUCAAAGCUUCAUUAUGGUUUAAAAAACGUAAACGGUUCUUCUGUUUUCAACUGAAAAUUCUAAAGCUGGACUUUGGGAUGUCAUUUCAUUAUUCGAUGUAAAAGUUACAUUAAAUUUCUAGUUAAUUUAUAAGAAAUAAACAAUCAAUAUAUUUAUAUAUUUUUUUAAAUGCCAAUAACGGGAACCAGAAUGGUAAGAUUGGUGUAGGGCCAAAUGUUUAUAGGGAAGUACAGCCCAUUUGUCUUCUAUAUAUAUUAUAUAUUGUGUAUUUAUAUUUAAAUAUAUUUUUAUAGAUUCAUCAGCCAUUGAAAAUCUUUAUUCUUAAUGUAACAGAAUGGUGAGUGAUCGGUGCUUGGGGGUGGGGGGAUGUCUGGUCUGAACCACCAAAAUCUGAAAAAAAAAACCCCACUCAGCACCAUGAUCCCCCCGAACUUUGACCUCUGAUAGUUGUAAAGAACACAAGGCAAUGUACAACUCCUUCAAUGUGAAUGCAAAAAUUAUAUGUUUGUUGAAUCAAA